CCUAUAUCGACCUAGUGCUAUGAGAAAGUUCUCUGCAGGUGCCGCCGACCGUGCAGUGGACAUCCUAAACUAACACAGCAUUAUCCUAUACAACAGACAUUCCAUCAAGCUGUUGUGAAGAUGUCUCAAUUGAUCACAAAAUCAGGCAAGCAACAAUCCCCAGAUAACGCUAGACUGCACGCAAUACCACUUCAUCAGCAGAGCGUGUAAUGAGGAAGGAUGACACCUUUCGGGUUAAGGGAAUACCUCUAGACUGGGAUGCAGACCAACUCCAGUCGGCCUCGAAUGAGCAAGAUGGUGCAGCACUUCCAACUGUGAAAUCUCUUGCGCUGGAGACACAUGGUCGAUCUUUGUCUGCCACAGUCAACUUCGAAAGCCUUCCCAAUAGCAUGAAAGCUCUUAAUAGAGAGCGUAGUUGGAAUAUCCAUCUACCUAACAAUUCUGCGCCUCUGAGCCUGGAUGAUAACUUUUAUGGCAUGACGACAAUUUUCGCUCCACCGGCAGAGCACCACAAAGUUGAGUACGUAGAGCGCGAUAAUGUAGAUUCUUCGGUUGACACAAGUAGCGUUGUUGCGAUUUCGGGACUUGGUGGGCAUGCAUUCGGCUCGUUUAAGAAGCGAGGCGGCAAUUUCAUGUGGCUCCGAGACGCACUGCCCUUUGACCUUGGAGACGAAACAACUAAUGGUCCUAUGGCGCGGGUGCUCAUAUAUGGCUAUAAUUCGAAAGUUGCCAAUAGCCACAGUAUACAGAACCUAGAGGACCUUGCUACAGCAUUCCACGCAGGUCUUCGGCAGGUUGUUGAUAAUCAGAAGCGACCCAUUAUCCUAAUCGCUCACAGUCUUGGAGGAUUGGUUGUGAAACAGGUGUUGAUAACUUUGUCCCAGUCUCAAGAUGUCAAGGAUCAGCAAAUCUUCCAGAGUACCUACGGGAUGGCUUUCUGCGGCGUUCCUCGUCAUGGAAUGAAUAUCCAGUCACUUAUUCUGAUAGCGAAGGAUGGUCAUAAUCGCUUCCUUAUCGAGUCGCUCAACAAUAUGCAGCCACAGAUUCUACGCCGCCAGCAUCAGGAUUUCCUCAAGGCGCUUAGCAGUGAAAGCAAAUCCGAGAUCGUAUGCUUUUACGAAACGUUGAUGUCUCCAACAACAGAGCAGGAUAUAAAUGGCGAAUGGGAAAUGACAGGACCCGAAGCACUGCUUGUCACCCGUGAAUCGGCGACAACUUGUCGGCCUUGGGAGGCCGGUCCCGAAUAUGCAUGUGCGAUUAAUCGUAGUCAUUCAGAGUUGGUAAAAUUUAACCACCAUGAUGCCGACUAUGAGAACGUUUGCGAAAGGCUCCGUGGGCUUGCUCAUAGAGCAGUGGCAGCAAGUAAGGGCCGCCCUGAAUUGAGGACCUCAAUUCUGCCUCGCUUUUUUGAGUCCCACAUAAACGUCAACAAUUUAUUGGUUGAGAAGACGUGCUUGCCCGCCUUCAAAAUACUCUCUUCAGCGAUAACCCUCCUCAGACGCUAGCAAUGUUCGGGCUUGGCGGUAUAGGCAAGACCCAGGUUGCAGUACAGAUGAUGAAUUGCGCUAAAGCUAAACAAAAUGAUCCCGGAGGAGGCUGAGAAACUCCUACGCCAACUGCUAGCACAGAGUUACUUUGGGGAUAGCGAACCCGUUGCGGCGCUUUUACAAGAGCUCGUGUUUCUACCACUGGCAAUUUCGCACGCGGCAGCAUACAUUAAACGAAACCGCAGACCCAUUACGCGCUACCUCUCUCUCUUGCAGGAUUGCGGGGAGGAUGGUGGAGAGUCAUCCAGAUCGACUAUUGGCAGAGAGAAUCUUUGCAGAGGCAUACCUAGAACAUGGUCAGACAAUGCAGGCUGUG